CAAACCCACUUCCAUAAAUCUUCUUCUCCUUUCUCUCUCUAUCUAUUCUCCAUUUCUUUCUCUCUCUAACUUUUCUCCACUUCCAUUUUCUCUCUAUCUUUCUUUUCCCUUUCUUGCUCUUCCCUCUCCUUAAUAUUGCUGUGCACCAUGCAGACCAUGCUCCUUAACCACUCCUUUACUCCAUUAAAGCCCACAAACUCUUCUCACCACACUUCUCUUGCCACCACUCUCCCUUCUCUCACUAACUUUCCAUGGAAAAGGACCAAAGACUUGCACCAUACAGCAUGUAAUUGCACCGCCUCUAAUGGUGGAGCCACCUCUCUUCUCAUUACAGAGCCCAAUGGCAAGGCCAUGGUGCAAAACUUUGUUCUCUCCCCUAAUGGCACUACCCAAGAAGAGAUGAUGGAAGAUUUCAGCAAGAACCAGAUGGGUUUUGAUCAAGGAAUCGGGAUUGUGAGCUUUCUCGAGCGAAAGAGUUUCCUCAUCACCGGGGCGACUGGUUUCGUCGCAAAAGUUCUGAUAGAGAAAAUAUUGAGGACCCAACCUGAAGUGGGGAGGUUGUUCCUCUUGAUCAGAGCUGAGAGUAGGGAAGCUGCACUGGAAAGGAUAAAGUCUGAAAUCAUAAACACAGAGCUCUUUAGACUUGUACAAGAAAUUCAUGGUGAGUCUUACAAUGACUUCAUGUCGAGCAAACUCGUGCCAAUUGUGGGGGAUGUCACAAAGACCAACCUCGGAAUAGAAGUAGAUAUUGCAGGUGCGAUCGCAGACGAGGUUGAUGUUAUCGUCAAUUCUUCGGCAAAUACUACCUUCGACGAAAGGUAUGAUGUUGCCCUCAAUAUAAACACCAGAGGCCCUUGCAGGCUCAUGAGAUUUGCAAAGAGGUGCAAGAAACUCAAGCUCUUCCUGCAUGUUUCAACUGCCUAUGUAAAUGGGCAAAGGCAAGGUAGAGUGAUGGAGAAGGCCUUUUCUAAAGGUGAUAGCAUUGCUAGAGAGAGAAACUUAUCCGGAUUUCCUUCAAACCCACUCCAGGGUUUGGAUGUUGAAGCUGAGCUAAAGCUGGCAAUGGACUUACUUGACACCUUUCAAGAUGAUAAACUGGUGGCCAACAAAAUGAAAGAGUUGGGUUUAGAGAGGGCAAGAAUGUAUGGAUGGCAAGACACUUACGUUUUCACAAAGGCCAUGGCUGAAAUGGUGAUAGAUAGCAUGAAGGGCGCCCUUCCUGUUGUCAUAAUGCGCCCAAGUGUAAUAGAGAGUACCGCACAUGAUCCAUUUCCUGGGUGGAUGGAAGGGAACAGAAUGAUGGACCCCAUUAUUUUGUACUACGGCAAAGGCUUGCUCACUGGUUUCCUAGCUGACCCUCAAGGAGUUCUUGAUGUUGUACCAGCUGACAUGGUUGUCAAUGCAACCUUAGCAGCCAUGGCUACACAUGGGAGAGAAGGGAAAGCAGGGAUAAAUGUAUACCAAGUGGCUUCUUCUCUCACAAACCCCCUUGUGUUUGAGGAGUUGGCCUCUCUUAUGCACCAUCACUUCUCCACCUCUCCUCAUGUGGAUUCAAAGGGGAGGUCCAUACAUGUGCCAAUCAUGAAGCUCUUUAGAUCAAUGGAAGACUUCUCUUCGCAUGUGUGGAGCGACGCCCUGCAACGCAGCGGCGGGAGAGCUUCGACUCUAGAGAAGCUGCCCCAACGCCUGCAAAAUAUCUUCCUCAAAUCAGUGGAGCAAGCCAAAUACUUGGCUAAUAUAUACCAACCCUACACAUUCUAUGGUGGCAGGUUUGAUAACACAAAUACACGGAGGUUAAUGGAAGAGAUGUCUGAAGAAGAGCGGAGAAGUUUUGGUUUUGAUGUUGAAAGCAUUAACUGGAAGGAUUACAUCUCUAAUGUCCAUAUCCCUGGCCUCAGGAGGCAUGUGAUGAAGGGACGAGGCACCUGCUCUAAGGAUUAACAUGUUAAUAUUCAUAAUAUGAUUCCUAAUCUCUAAAGGCAUAUCCAAAUUGAGUGACCAAUAAAAAAAAAAAGAAAAAAAAAAUGAAUGUUGGGAUUGUAGGUGAUUCCUACAUGUCCUUUAAUGUAAUAUGUUGAUAGCUUAAUUGAUAUAAGUGAUUUAUGUUAGAAG